AUAAAGCCUUCUUCCAAAAACCUUCUUCAACACUAUCACAACCCCAUCAUCACUUGUUGCUUGUUGUUCAACAACAAAUACCCCAUUGGACUUGUAGCUUAGAUCAAUCUCUUUCAAAACCUUCCCUCUCUAAUAGUAGGAAAACAAGGUUUCAUUUCAUGGCUUCUUUUUCUUCUGCUUCUUCUUCUCUGACAAUAUCACCAAGGAAGCUGCGCUAUGAUCUAUAUUCCUAUUCAUACAAAGAAGAUUCCAACACCCCUUUAGUGAUAAACGUUCUGGCUUCACUAAUUGAGAGGAGCAUGGCCAGGACACAGAGGAUUGUGAAGAAUUGUUCCAAUGCUUUGUCCAAAGCCAUAAGCACAAACAUCUUUGAUUGUAGGGAGAUUCCUGAUAUGACCAUUCAGUCCUAUCUAGAGAGAAUUUUCAGGUACACUAGAGCAGGACCAUCAGUGUAUGUUGUGGCCUAUGUCUAUAUUGACAGGUUCUGCCAAAACAAUCCUAGCUUUAGGAUCAAUGCCAGAAAUGUCCAUAGGCUUCUCAUAACAACUAUUAUGGUGGCUUCCAAGUAUGUGGAAGAUAUGAAUUUCAGAAACUCAUACUUUGCAAGAGUUGGUGGAUUGACAACAAAUGAAUUGAAUGAGUUGGAGCUUGAAUUUCUUUUCUUGAUGGGUUUUAAAUUGCAUGUGAAUGUGAGUGUGUUUGAGAGCUAUUGCUGCCAUUUGGAGAGGGAAGUUAGCAUUGGAGGAGGGUACCACAUUGAGAGGACCCUAAGGUGUGCUGAAGAGAUCAAAGCAAGGCAUGUAGAAGAAAGGGGUUACACACAAAUUGCACGUCUAAUGUUGUAGAAUGGUUAGGAAAUUUUGGUGUUUUUAUUAUGUUUCUUUUUUCUUUCUUUAGUUUUUUUUUUUUUUUGUCUUGUAAUAAAGAAAGGUAGUUUAUGUGUACAGAUCAAUGUAAAUCUAAAUAUUUGUUGGGGGAUUGAGAUUUUAGAACAGGUGAGGGAAAGCGAGUCAUGUACAAAUUUGUCUUGUUUCAUCUCAAGGAAACAGUGAAUUUUGAUUAUCAGAA